AUGGUAUCCUUAGCAUCGUGUAGAGACAUAGCAGAGGAGACAACAUCAGAGAUUUCUGUAAACACAGUUAGUGACAAACAGGAGGUGAAGAGCGAAGAAGCUAUUUUGCAGCCUUGGCAGGUGUUUCGAGAACCAAUCAUGGAGUUGCAAAGAAUGAAUAUCACAGGAAAGGAGGAUGGGAAGAAAAGAGUAGAAGUCGAAGAGGAUGAAGAAGGAACUGAGACAAAAAAUGAAAUGGAUAAUAAAGUGGCAGAAAAGAUGAAGCAUGUUGAAAACUUAAGAAACAUGCCAACAGACGCAAAUGACUCAAGCAGCGACCCAACCAAUGAGCCCAUCUCCUCAAAUUCUCACACCAGCCCACCUGAGACCAAUGAAGCAGACACAGAAGACAGCAGAAAACUGACAAAGACUCCCAGCUUUGGCAAAACAGUUCAUUUUAAGGAAACUGAAGCAGUGGAAGAAAGGGAAAGCUCAGUGGACAAUCUUUUUCCAGACUUUGAGGUAGAAGAGUGGACCAUCACCAGCUUUGAAGAGAUGUUUCUGGCAGAUGACUGGAAGGACAUUACAAAUGACUGUUUGCUAAGGAAGAAGGUGCUACAGGCCAGUCCUGAGACUGCCCUGACCCCGGCUUUGGGUCAGGAGGUCACUCUGAAAAUGCAGGGUGUGCUGGAGGAUAGGACUGUGGUGGAGAAAGACUGCAAGUUGGUCUUCGUUAUCGGAGAGGGAGAUGUCAACCAGUUAUCUUGUUGA